CAGAAAAAAAAUAUAUUUUAUAUUGUUCGGAAAACAUACAAUAAUACAAUGACUGUUCGAAAUAGUUUGGCGUUAGGCAUAAUUUGUACCAUAAUACUACACAUCAGUGGAACAGUCAAUUCACUGCUACUGGAACCUCAGCCUGACAAACUAUCAGAAGAUGGGAGACUCACGUUUCCUGAAAUUGCAACCAAAUACGGAUUUCCUGCUGAGCAAGAAAACAUCAUCACCAAGGAUGGUUAUAUAUUGUCGCUGUUCCACAUUCCUGGGAAUGUCUCUAGCCCUGUACUGCUUAUACAUGGCAACACGCUCACCGCGGACAGCUGGAUUGAUCGAGGAAAUACAUCUCUGGCCAUCACUCUCGCCAGGCGAGGCGGGUUCGACGUGUGGGCGAUCAACUUGCGGGGCUCCAGGUACUCGCGGAAGCACAUCACUCUAGAUCCUGACACGCAACCAAGUCAGUUCUUCGAUUUCAGCUUCUAUGAACAAGCCAUAUACGACCUUCCACCCACCAUAGACUUCAUUCUGGAGAAGACCGGACAGGCGAAACUCAUGGCCAUCGGGAUCUCGGUCGGCACCACGAUGCUGUACGUCCUGGGAGCCGAGUUGCCGGAGUAUAACGAUAAAAUCAAAAUUGGCAUAUCGUUGGCUCCUAUAAGUUUUGUACAAAAUUUACGCGGCGCUGCAGCUGUGGGAGUGGCUUUGGGGCCGCUGCUGGUAGAUGGCUUAAAGUUACUGAAUAUUUACGAAGUUGAAAAUUACAAUCAGACAGCGCCACUUUUUCAAGCAAUAUGUCUCGUCCCUGGUGGUUACACUUUGUGCAUUAAAAUAGGACUAUUUUCGCUUACUGGAGAAGAUACCGAUGGAUUAGAGCCGGAAUUCCAGAAUACAAUAUUUGGCCAUUUCCCGGGAGGCACAUCACUUAAGGUUUUAGAGCAUUUGAUGCAGGUGGCUCGGAGUAAGAAAUUUGCAAGAUUUGAUUAUGGUUCUUUAGAGAAUUUGAAAGUUUAUAAAAGACUGAAUCCACCCGAGUUUGAUUUAAAGAAGGUGAGGAUGAAAUCGGCCUUGUUCGUGGGCGAGCAGGACUUCCUGGGCACGGUGGAAGACGCGGAGCUGCUGAGGUCGUCGCUGCCCAACGUGGUGCACUACCAAGUGCUCCCGUACAAAAAAUUUAACCACGUCGAUUUUUUUUGGGGUCGGUAUAUGACUGAGAACUUCUAUCCGUACCUACUAGAAGUGAUAGACAAAUACAACUGACUUGAGUAAUUAAAUAUACUUACAAAAUACUACAAAUUACUAGCGGGCCUAGCG